AUGAGGAAAUCGUUUAAUUACAAAGAGAGUUUCUUGCAUGGAAAAGAUUCACUGACAACUAAAAGUAGUACCGAAUCGCAGACAAUUCAUUGGACGCCAGAACUUUUCGGUCCUGUUUUAAAAACUCAAAGGAUAUCUUUUUCGAAGUCUUAUUACGCCUAUAAGAAAGACCGCCGAGCUAAAAUAAUAUCAACAUUUGUUCCUGACGAAUUAAUUUACAUUCGAGACUUGAGUAAAAAAAAAUUACACGAAUUUGUUGCCGUAAUUUUGCUCAUCGAAAUAUCUAACUUUCAUGACAUUUGGGACAAAUUUACCCCCACGGAAAAUGGCGCGAGUUAUGGAUUCAACUUUUUGUUGAACAAAUAUUUGGGACCGAUUAUUGAAAAUAUUUAUAUUUUUGACGGAGAUGUUAUCAAAUUAGAAGCCGAUGGAAUUUUGGGGGUAUGGAAGCUGCAGGCUUAUCAAUCAAUGUCGGAAAUCGUUGAAAAAGUUAUCCAAUGCGGAUUGAAAUCUCAGGAAUGCAGGAAAAACAUUUCAAUUUCUAUGAAUUUUCAAGUCAAAUGUAAAUUUUUCUUUUUUUUUUUUUAUACAUAUAGAAAAUGGGUUUUGAUUGGCCAGCCGAUAAUUGAAGUUGAGUUGGCAGCAAAGAUCUGCAAUUCCGGAGAAUUAAUUCUAACAAAAAGUACUUGGCAAUAUGUACCCCCGACAAAAUAUGAACAUGUUCUUGUGGACUCACAUAAUAUAAAAAUCAUAAAAGAAAUCGUACAGCCGAAGAUUGAAAAAAUAUCGAAUGAAUUAAAUGAAAGCAGACCUUCUUUGAUUGACGCCACGACACUGAAGUUAGGAGAUAAAUUGAACAAAUUUUUAAUCCCGUUAAUUAGAGAUGAAAUAUAUAAUAAUCGUGCCCUAGAACUGCUCACUCACAAACGACGGGUCUCAAUUUUAUCAAUAAAUAUAAUUCCAAUAAAAAGCUCAACUGAAACACUUGUAGAUUUGUGCGAUAAAUAUUUUCAUUAUCUCUACAAACUGACGGUCAAAUAUUUGGGAAUCAUCAACACAGUGACGGUUUAUCCGAAGAGAAUAUUUUUCUCUGUAUAUUUCGGUCUCCAGAGCGACUCGAGACUUUGCAAUAAAAAUGCUCUGAUUUGUGGUGAAAAAUUUCGUAGAAUUUUGGACAAUACUGAAGAUAUUAUCAAAUUGUCAAUUGGAAUUUCUACGGGGAUGGUAUUUUGUGGAGUAAUUGGCCAUGAAAUAAGACAAACAUUCGUUUGUUCGGGUUUGGCCUGUGAAAAGUCGGAAAAAAUUGUUGCUGUGGCCAGUAAAUUGUGA